GAACGCGCUGAGAGUCAUAUAUCACGUGAUAUCACAUCACAUGAGCCAAAAUGGCCACGAUACCGGAGGAACAUUUCGCUUCAUUACAGUUGCUUUUGAAGGCGCCGUCUAAGGAUGCCGUGCGGCAACUGUGCGCGGACAGCUUCCCGGCCGGAGCGCCGGGAUCUCAGCGGCUGGCCGAGAGCGCCGCGGAAACGCUGUCGGCGUCCGCCAGCGAAGCCCAGCAGCUGUUGAAGGCUCUGCACACACUCUCUCAUCACGUGCUGUUUCACGGCCUUACGACCCCAGAGCAGAUCACGGGCCUGUUCCCCGACACCUUCCACACCAGCCUGAAAAACCUCCUCACAAAGAUCCUGCUGGAGCACAGCCCAACGUGGAGAAAUGAUGCCCUUUCCAGCCAAACAGUCUCGCUGCCCCAGCUGGUGGACAUGGACUGGAGGGUGGACAUGAAGACGGCCUCAGACUCCGUGCGGCGCAUGGCGGUGCCCACCUGCCUGGUGCAUAUGAAGGUGCAGGACCCGCUGGCCCAGGGGGGUGGGGACUCCGUUUCCUCGGUUACGGUGGAGCUGAGCAGAGAGACGCUGGACACUAUGCUGGAUGGACUGGGGCGUAUCCGGGACCAGCUGUCGAUGGUGGCCAGCAAGUAGCCACUGCAGCCAGGAGGCUGUUCCCUCCGAGGAGCACCGUGGAGCUGAUAAACACACAUACACUAACAUGCGCAUACUCACACACACAUGCACACACCCUCUCACAUACCAACACACGCAUGCAGGCACAUAUGGAUAUAAAAAUACACAUGCCGACACACACACACACACACACAGUGCGUGAUGCACACACACACACACAGUGCGUGAUGCACACACACACACACACACAGUGCGUGAUGCACACACACACACACACACACACACACACACAGUGCGUGAUACACACACACACACACACACACAGUGCAGUGACCUGGGUGUGACGCACAUGGAUGUGACAGCUGCCUGAGUCACGUCCUCUCUGUGAGAGCCUGACCGCAAAGACAUUCCUCAUCGCCACCAUCGCAGAACUUUCCAACAAAAACAUUUAAAAAAGACUUAUUCAAAUGGCUCUGUACUUGUUCUUGUUUGUAUGUAUUCUCACAAAAUAAAUGAAAAGCAAUACUAACCUUAA